UUUCUCUUUCUUCCUAGCUUCUCUUCUUAAAAACACUCUUCACAUCUCCUUGCAAAACCCACGAUCUCUCUGACUCUCUCCAUCAUCAUCUCUCCCUUCUGACGUUAAACUUCAUCUUCUUCUGAUAAAGUUUCGAUCUUUCUGUGUACAAAGUAAACUUCAAAGUGGAGAAACCUGCGUUGGUACCAUCUCCUCUCGACAAUGAAGUGUUUCAUGUUCUCUAGUGGUGACAACAAAGACGAACACAGCAAGACACCUAAGUCUGUCUCAUUGACCUCUAACUUCUCCGACCGCGACAUAAACCGAAGCGGUUCAGAUUUCAACUCCCGAGACGCCUCUGGUACGAGCACGGAGUCGUCCAUGGGGAGGAAGAACUCGUACCCUACAACGAUGUCUACCAGAGCGAGUAAUCUCAGAGAGUUCAGCGUUACUGAUCUCAAGGCUGCAACAAAGAACUUCAGCCGUUCUGUUAUGAUUGGUGAAGGCGGGUUCGGUUGUGUCUUCAGGGGGACAGUGAGGGACUUGGAAGAUCCGACUAUCAAAAUCGAAGUUGCGGUUAAGCAGCUCGGUAAAAGAGGGUUGCAGGGGCAUAAGGAAUGGGUCACGGAAGUGAAUUUUCUUGGUGUGGUCGAGCAUUCAAACUUGGUGAAGUUGCUUGGUUACUGUGCAGAGGAUGAUGAGCGUGGGAUCCAACGGCUUUUGGUUUAUGAAUACAUGCCAAACCGAAGUGUUGAGUUCCACUUAUCCCCUCGCUCACUCACAGUCCUUACUUGGGAUCUAAGGUUGGGAAUCGCGCAAGAUGCAGCUCGUGGUUUAGCAUACCUGCAUGAACAAAUGGAGUUUCAGAUAAUAUUCAGAGACUUUAAGUCCUCGAACAUUCUUUUAGAUGAGAACUGGAAAGCAAAGCUCUCUGACUUUGGUCUGGCUCGUUUAGGUCCAUCUGAAGGACUGACUCAUGUUACUACUGAUGUUGUAGGCACAAUGGGUUAUGCAGCUCCCGAAUACAUUAAAACAGGCCGUCUCACAUCAAAAAGCGAUGUGUGGGGUUAUGGAGUGUUCAUCUACGAGCUUAUCACAGGGAGGCGACCAGUUGACAGGAACAGACCUAAUGGAGAGCAGAAGCUUCUUGAAUGGGUGAGACCUUAUCUAUCAGACACAAAGAAGUUCAAGCUCAUAAUAGACCCAAGACUUGAAGGGAAGUACACUCUUAAAGCUGUGCAGAAGCUAUCAGUUGUGGCCAACAGAUGUUUGGUUAGGAACCCAAAGGCACGUCCCAAGAUGAGUGAAGUGUUGGAGAUGGUGAACAAGAUUGUGGAAGCGCCUUCAGGGAGUGGUACUAGCCCUCCGAAGCUAGUUCCCUUGAAGAGUUUAGAGGCUUCUAGAGACGUGGGAGGGAACAAUGGUGGAGGAGGAGGUUGGUUUGGUAAGUUAUGGAACCCAAAGACAGUAAGAGCUUGUUGAUUGCGAAAGAGUCAAAUCUCUUGUUACAGGAAGAGAAGUCUCACAGUGGAGAUCAGGAUCUAGCUCAUAUUCAUACAUAUUUAUAAAUGAAGAUUUUGAAAGAUGCUAAAAUGUUAUAGUUUGAUGUUUAUAUUAUUGUAAGCCAAGAUAUGUUAUAUAGCU